AAUGGGCAACAGGUUUCAAUCCCAUCCUUGGAGUCCUUGACAAUGGAAGGACUUCCCAAUCUAAAAGAGAUAUGGAGCGAUGAAUCUCCAUUGGAACUAAGCAAUCUCCAAUCUCUCAUAGUGGCGCGGUGUAAAUCUCUCUUGACAGUUAUUAGCUCCCAGUCGUUGUUGAAACUAGACAAGUUACACACUUUAAUUAUCAGAGACUGCGUUUCGGUGCAAGAAAUCUUUGACCUUGACGGACCAAUCGGUAGUGGAAAUGUUGAGACUCUCUCUCAAUUAACCAUUUUGAAAUUAAAUAAAAUGAGGAGCUUGAGGUGUAUAUGGAACAAGAAUCCUUGUGGAAUAGUGAGUUUCCAUAUUUUAAAGGAGUUGAAGGUGGAUGAAUGUGACAACCUUAGGUUUAUGUUUUUCCCAUCCAUGGUUAAAUCUCUCACCCAAGUGAAAGAUCUAAGUGUAGAGGAUUGCAAGAAGAUGGAGGCAAUCAUUAUGGAGGAAGAAGGGCUUGGAAUGGAAACAUCGGAAAUUCUAGCACUCCCGAUGUUAACCAACUUAAACUUGAAAAAUUUGGAAAGUUUGAAGUGCUUCUCUCACAGAAAGUGUUCACUAGAAGCUCGAAGUCAAGACCGGGUCCAAUCAUACUCCACUGCACUCUUCAAUCGAGAGGUUGCCUUUCCUAGUUUGAAGACAUUAGAUAUCGAGGCCAUGGAUAUCGAGAAGAUAUGGGACAAUCAAGUCGCUAUGGAUUCUUUCCAUAAUCUUAAAUCCCUUUAUGUCGAUGGAUGCAAUAAGCUAGUGAACCUUGUUCCUUCUUGCAUGCUAGGACGACUCUUGAGCCUAGAAAUUUUGGAGGCAAGCGACUGUGGUGCGCUUGAAGUUGUUUUCAAACUUCAACCACUGAAUACUCCAAAUGGACAUAUUAUUGCUCUUCCAUUAAAAGAGCUUACAGUAUCAAGCUUACCAGAGCUAAAGUGUGUAUGGGAUAAGGAACUCCACCAUCAAGUUAAAUUUCAGUGUCUAAGUUCUAUUAGCGUUUUUAAAUGCAAGAACCUCACCUCUCUGUUUCCAGCUUUAGUAGCUAGAAAUCUACCGCAACUUGAGAAGCUAGAGAUUGAUGAAUGUGGCAUUGUGGAACUCAUCGAGAAGGAAGAAGGACUAGUUCCCAAGUUCGUGUUCCCAAAAUUAAUGUCCCUCGAGCUUAAGGAUCUAAGAGAGUUGAAGUGCAUCUACACUGGAAAACAUACUUUCUAUUGGCCAGCAUUGAAGAGCUUGAAGGUGCAUGGUUGUGACAAAGUGGAGAUACUUGCAUCACACCUUGAGAAUGAGAUGCCACUUGAUAGACAGCCUCUCUUCUUGAUAGAAAAGGUUGCAUUUCCUAGCUUGGAGGCAUUAAAUAUCGCUAGCUUGGAUAACAUCGAGAUGAUAUGGGACAAUCAAGUUGCCGCAAAUUCUUUUCCUAAGCUAAAAUCGCUUUGUGUGGUUAGAUGCAAUAAGCUGGUCAACAUUGUUUGUUCUUUCAUUCUAAGACGACUCUUGAGCCUGGAAAGAUUGGAUGCAAGAAGAUGUGGUUCCCUUGAAGUGGUUUUUGAACUUCAACCACAGAACCAUCUAGAUAGAAAUCCUAUUGCUCUUCCAUUAAAAGAGCUGACGGUAUCGGAAUUACCAAAGCUAAAGUGUGUAUGGGAUAAGGAACUCUGCUGUCAAGUUAAGUUCCAAGGUCUACGUUCUAUUAGCAUUUCUAGAUGCGAAAGCCUUGCUUCUCUGUUUCCAACCUCAGUAGCUAAAGAUCUCAUGCAACUUGAGGAGUUGAAGAUCGAUGAAUGUGGCAUUGCGGAAAUCAUCGAAAAGGAAUAUGGACUAGUUCCUAGGUUUGUAUUCCCAAAGUUAACCUCUCUUGAGCUUAAGGAUCUGAGAGAGUUGAAGUGCUUGUGCAUUGGAACACAUACUUCCCAUUGGCCGGCAUUAAAGAGCUUGAAGGUGCAUGGUUGUGACAAAGUGGAGAUACUUGCAUCACACCUUGAGAAUGAGAUGCCACUUGAUAGACAGCCUCUCUUGUUGAUAGAAAAGGGGGCAUUCCCUAAUCUCCAAGAGUUAAAGUUGGAUUUAUCGAAACGGAUGGAAAUAUGGCAUGGGCAUUUUCAUGAUGGGGAAUUCUUUUGCAAGCUUAGUUUGCUUAAGCUUCGUCAUCUCUCCCAAGAGUCUUCAAUAUCCACAUGUCGCUUCGUUGAGAGUUUAACCAACUUGGAAGAGCUUGUUGUAUGUGAAUCUUAUCUAGAAGACCCAAGUAGCAAUGAGGAAGCCAUAGAAGGCACGAGUCGUGAGAUGAAAGUAAUAUUACCAUUUUCAAGACAUAUUCGACAUUUGCAAACUCUAGAUGUGUCACAUUGUGAUGGGUUAUCAAAAAUGUUCACACCGACAAUUGCUGAAAAUUUGGUGGCACUCACAAAAUUGAGGAUAAGUAAUUGUAAAAUAUUGACAGAAGUCAUUAAUGAUGAGGAAGGUGGGGAUGGCCGUGUGGUGGCUUUCAAUCAAUUGAAGUAUAUGGAGCUUGAUGGGUUGAUAGGGUUGAGAAGUUUCAGCUCAGGUGGAUACACUUUGAUGUUCCCACUCUUGGAAGAUAUCAUUGUGACUAGAUGUCCCAACAUGAAUUUUUUCUCUCAAGGACCAACGGAGGCAUCAAAGUUAAAGAGAGUUCAAGUAUCAAAGGAAGCGCGGUUUUGGGCAGGAAACCUCAACAUCACCAUCCAGAAUAUGUUUGAAGAAAUGGGCACGUUUGCUGGAGUAGAGAAAAUGCUGCUAUCUGAGUUCCUUGGGUUGAUUGGAAAAUGGCACACCGAACUUAAUCCCAUCAAGUCGUAUUGGCAACUAAAAUCAGUGGUGGUAGAUAAAUGUCCAUCAUUUAUUAAUGCUAUUCCAUCCAGAUUGAUGCUGGUCUUAGACAAUUUGAGCUUUUUGCAAGUGUGCGAUUGUAAGUUGCUUGAAGAAAUAUUUGAUUUGGAAGGGCUGGAGGCUGUGGAAAGCACUCGAGUAUUGCCUAAGCUAUGGGAAUUGAACUUGGCCAAUUUACCUAAAUUGAGGCGACUGUGGAACAAAGAUCUUCAAGAAUCAAUACGCUUUGAUUCUUUGGCUAUUCUCAUCCUUUAUAAUUGCAGUAACUUGGGACAUGCUUUUACUUCAUCAAUGGCUCAGUGCCUUGCCAAUCUUUAUUGGAUGGAAAUAAAGGAGUGUGGUCAAAUGGAAGAAGUGAUCGUAGAGGAAGAAGGGCAGGGAAGCGCAAUGGAUAAGAUUACAUUCCCGAAUCUCAAGCGGAUGAAAUUGGAAUGGUUGCCCAAUUUGACUUGUUUCCUCUCGACAAAAAAUCAUACGAUGGAAUGCUCCAACUUACAAAUGCUGAGCAUUAACCAUUGCCCCAAGAUGAGAAGUUUGACUGGGCAAUCUCGGAUGGAUAAUGAUCAUGGCACCCCUGCAUUUUUCACUUCCCAGGUACAAUUUCCUAAACUUUGGUCGAUGGAUCUCUCCCACAUGGACAAUUUAAGCAAAAUAUGGACUAACGCUCCUCAAGAAACUCUGACUUUUGAUUGUUUAUUGGAAGUGGAGGUUCGAAACUGUAAGGGACUUGGAAAUUUGUUUCCGUAUUGGGUGGCUACAAGUUUAACCCAACUUGGAAAACUUCAAGUGGAGUCUUGUGAGAUCGAGGAAAUAGUCGCUAGUGGGGAUGACAGUCCACGCUCCAAUACUACUCAAGAUCUUUUCCCAAAACUAACCUCUCUGGUGUUACAUGACAUGCCACGACUCAAGAGCUUUUGUCCUAACUUGCCUUUGAAUUUGCCAUUAUUGGAGGAAUUACGAGUGACUCAUUGUGAAAAACUGAGCAUGUUAUCCUUUGUGGCAUCCAUGAAUAGAUGGGCUAAAAGAGAUGAUCAACAAGACCUUUCAGAUCAAGAAGCACACUCUUCAUUUGAGAGGGACUUUCCCAACUUGGAGAGACUUUUAUUAGUCAAUAACAAUAUUCAGAUGAUACAAGAUGGAAAUUUUUCGGAUGACAUGUUCAGUAAGCUAAAAGCACUAACACUAGCAUGCUUUCAUGAUAAAAAGGCAGCCUUUCCUUCCAGAUUCGUCCUAGAGAGAUUUCAGAAUCUACAAAGCCUUGAAGUCUUCUGUAGCUCCUUUGAAGAUUUAUUCCCGGACGAAGGGCUUGUUGAAGAAAGGAAACAUCCGGUGCUUGAAAAUUUAAGAGAACUUAAGUUGAACAAGCUACACAACUUAAAGUGUGUGUGGAGAGAAGACUCUUUAGUGUCGAAAAUUCUUCAAGGCAUCGAAACAUUUAAGGUUUGGGAUUGUCCCUGUUUGGCAACAAUAUUUCCAACCGAGACAUCCUUCCAGAAUCUGACAAAUUUAGUGGUGAAGAAUUCCUCUGGAUUGGUACAUCUAGUAACGACUUCGGUAGUCACAAAUUUGGUACAUCUCACUUAUAUGACUAUAAUAGGAUGUGAAAGAAUGAAAGAAGUAGUGGCUGACGAUGGAAACAGAGAAGGAAAAGUGAUUUCUUUUGGGAAGCUAGAACGGUUGACACUUGAACAUCUGCCAAACUUAGAAUGCUUCUCUUCCAUCCCAAGUUACAUCUUUAGGUUCCCAUCCUUAUGGAGAAUUAAAGUGGAAGAGUGCCCGAAAAUGAAGAUCUUUUCUAAGGGUACACUAAGCACACCAAAAUUAGAUUAUGUGACACUGUUCAGAUACAAGUGGGAAUGGAAUUGGGAGAAGGGUGAUGAUCUCAAUACAACCAUACAGAAGUUAGCAGCAUAAAUCAAUGCACAUAGAAUUGUAGGAAGCAAAGCGGGUCUCUCCUUCUCCUUCUCCUUCUUGACGCCAAAGGCUCUUUCUCCAUCUUUCUUCUUCUUCUUCCUCCUCCGUGGAGCGAAAUUGGGGGAAGCCUCUGCUGCCUUCACAAAGGACGGAGCAAAAAUGAAGCAUCAGGAAUUGCCAGGACUGCGAGAAGCGAAGCUGCAAUUAGCGGAGCGGAGCCAAGUAGAUUCAACCAGACGCUGUCGUUGUCGCCGUCGUCACCGCCGGAGGUGGCACAACCGAGUCCGGACAGUUAGUCGUCCACUCACUUCAUCAAAGAAGAAGAAGAUCACACUCUCUCUCCGCAUCUGCAUUCGACAAAUCGCAGGUCCAAACAUUUGAGCAGAUUGAGGCAUCCUGAGCUGGUUUUUUAAGGUCCCAUGCGCCCAAGGCCUCUCACUGCUCUUACAUCGGUCAACAAAUUUCAAAUGGAGCAUCCCUUUUCCAAAGGUGGUGAUGAGGCCUUCUUAUGUUAAGUUUGGCUUGGCAACAUGAUCUGGAAAAAAAGUAAAUUGCAACUCUCAGGUAUUCAGACAAGUCAUGGACGUUGAAACUCAGGAGCCAUGGAUGUGGACACAGGGGGGCCUUUUUUUCUGCUGGUUGGCCCAAAUUUGCUAGAGAAGCUCAUCUGCAUGUAGGAGAUGUUAGUAUUUUUGAGCUAAUUGAUAGUGAGGAUGUGUGUUCAGAGUCUACAUUUCCACUAGAGCUGGUCAGAGCAGACAAGUCUGAAUGUCCAGUGAGCCCUCCUAAGAAAUUUUUUCAUGAUUCCAAGUGUUCGAGGCCUCUCACUGCCCUUGAGAAAGCUAGAGAAUUCAAAUUGGAGUAUCCCUUUUCCAGACAGUGAUGUGGCCAUCUUUUCUUAAGAAAUAAGUGGUGGCUGCCUAGGCUUGGGAAGAAGAGGUGACACGAAAUGUCCAGCUUAAGCCAUAGCUACUGCAACAGGCCUAGGCUUGGCAUGACUGAGCUCACUGCAACAGCAUGGCAACACUAGUCAGAUAUUGCUCCCUGGCAACAAAUGGUUUACAAGAGCUACCAUUGCAAGCAGGUUCAAACUUGCAACCGAAAAUGAAGGGAAGGCAAUGUGGCCUAGACCUCAAAAAUUAGUGCCACCAACUCGAUGGUAUGAAAAGAAGAAAAGAAGCUCACUUCUUUUGGCCAGGCAAAAGAAGAUCACUUGCUUUCUGUGCAUGUGUGUCCAUUUAGGUCCCUAUGUGUAGCUUUUCAUGUUUAUUCGAUGCAUAUCGCAAUGUAAGAUUGGUGACUCAGGUAUUCACCAGAUUCAACUUGUCUCUAUAUUGAUUACACGUACUUAGUGUAGAAUCUAAGAGCACAGGAUUGUGAUAUUUUGAUUUCAGAUUGCAAGUUGUGAUUAAAGGCCAUCUCGUCAUGUCUAUUAGACUGCUAAUAUGGACUUUGGAAACUAACAACUACUAGCAUAAAUGUACGUUUUGUUUGCCUUUUCGCUUUAGUGUAUGCUUACAUUCCUAUGUCUUAUCAUAUAUUGGCUGGUCAAAUGUCUUCA